AUGGAUGGGAAGCUCAAAAAACCCGAUUCUAGUCGUCUCACUAGGCAAGACAAAAUCUACCAAGUCAACAUGAGAUCACAAAGUAAACUCUACCACAUCAACGAAGAAUUCCAAAUCUUCAAUCGCCAUGUGACCAAGAUCUUGGAUUUGGGGUACGUACCAGGAAAUUGGUUGGAGUUUUCUAAGCUCAAAAUGUGUGAAGUGCAUGGUUUACCAGAAGACCAAAUUAACUCCAGAUGCCACUUUCUAGGAUUUGAUAUCCUAAUGAGUCCCCCUCCGCCCUACACAUCCUCAAUGCAGGGAAACGUGUUUUCUAAAGCCGCCCAUAAACAAAUAAUCGACCACUUUAAAGAGCUUGCUUUGAGAGAAAAGCUUAUAGAACCAGAAACAGAUUCUCAAAACUCGUACUUUGUCAACGAACAAACCGACUCACGUAUUGAUGAAGAGCUAGAGAAGUUGGAAACAGGUCUUCGAGAAUUGCGUAUAUCUGCAAAUGAAGGCCCAGGCUGGCACUAUAAACCCGACCUUAUUCUUAGCGAUUUGUCUUUACCUUUCAUACAAGAUAAAGGGUUCUACCACAAUACCCAAACCAAACCACACAUGCGGCUUGCUAACAACCCAGGGUUGAAUGAGCCUGUUUUCAAUAAACAGAAGAGCUCAAUCGACAUGGCUGAUGUUAGUCUUUUACUUAGUUGUGAGCUUUUGAAGCAACAUGGGAACCUUGUUAUUAGAAUGGCUUCAGUGGAUCUUGAAGACCCUGAGUUGGAGGUUCUUUCUCAAAGACUUGAGAGGGUAUUUUCUCGAGUUGAAGAACGUCAACCCGGAACAGAGGACGAAAUAUUCUUCAUAUGCUUGGAUAAAAAAGAGGAUGCAAUUGACAAAUCAGUUAUAUUUACAAAGUAA